AUGUCGUUACUCCUAGAUACGUCCACUAGCACGACAGCAUCUCAUUCCAUCACUUCAUUGCUGGGCCUCGAGCCAAUUGCAUCAAGUUCAUUGGGUAUCAAGAACCCUUCUGCAACUGAGUCGGGCAUUACAGCCCAAUCUUUCCACACAACACAUGCUUCUAAUUCUAAAAGCGGCUCGGCAUCUUCCUCAAGCAAAGAGUCUCAAAGUGAUGCCUCGGGAUCGUCUCCCGCACUCAGCGAACAGAGUAACGCGGCGGCGCCCAGAUUGUCCUUGAUAUCAUCUGCGUUAGUUAUGAUGUGUUUGUGUCUGCUUCUCACGAUUUAG